AUGAAGCUCUCCACAUUGUGGUCUGUCUUCAGCCUCGCUGUCUCUGUUGGCGCUGCAGUGGGCGAUCCUUCCUCUCUUUUUGAUGCCACCGUCAUCGAGACUGAUAGCAAGACUCCUUCUGUUCCUGUUGCUAUUACGUCUACAGCCUCGAAGCCCUCUGAUAGACCUGCACCUUUGACUCAAGGUGUUCUUUCUAGCACCAGUGGCCCUGUCGUCUCAAAGAUCUCUUCGUCAACUGUUCCUUUUCCCGUGCUUCCUUUCUCUUUUUCCUUUUCUUUGCCAGGUAUCGGGAUAUGGCUGCCGAUCAAAAGCUCGUCAACCUCGAAUCAUGGAACAGCGCCGACUGGUGGAACUCCCAGCAGCAGGUCCUGGUUUUCUCCUACCGAGCCUCAGCCUCCUCGUGAAACGUCUAGUGUUGAACAAGCUUUCACAAGUAGUACCACCGACGUAACAGGGAAGACCAGUUCCGUGCAAGGCAGUGCUAAGCCCAGUGAGGGCGCGACCACCGGGACCACGCAUGCUAAGAUUACAAGUGAUGGGACAGGGGUCAUCAGUACUACCUAUACCAGAGCAACAAGUGUCACAGACUCUGCUGGUGUAACGCUUACCCAGCCAACGUUCAUGUCUCUCAGCCUACCUCCAAGCUCUAUGAUUACCUCCAGCGCGUCCGUCAUCGCCGCUCGCUUCCACAAUAUCGUCCUAAUUGUCAAAUUCAGGGAAGGGAGCCCUGAGCCCCGGCCAGAUAAACAACUCAUCGAUAUAGUCAAGAGAAUAAAGGAUGAUAUGGCUGACCUGGCGAAGAACAUGGGUGAGAAACUCCCGAAGUGCAAUCAGAAGAAACGCGGUCUCUUUGACGGUCUUAUGAACUUCGCCAGAGACACCACCGGCCAGAUUUUGCAUAAGCUCGGUUGUCUUGAGAACAAACUGGAUGAACUUGUGGAUAGGGUCAAGAAGAAGGACAUCAAGGGCGUCAAAGACAUCGUGAAGGCUCUGGACAUUGAAAGGCCCCCUGAUGGCCCUGAAAGCUCGGUGACUAACGGACCUGACAAUGAUCAAAGAACCUCCAGCCGCUCGUCCUCGUCGUCGUCAUCAUCCUGUACACUGCAGUCAACCGCACACCAUGUCACGAUUCUCUGCCAACCGACCUCUAUCACUACCGGUGGCUCGACAGUUUCAACUACAACAUGCACCCGGACAACUGCCAUCACCACCACGGGGUGCUCUGUCACCGCAACGACAACCACUAUCACCAACACGCCGAGCUCCACCCCGACGAGACGCCUGUGCGCACAGGGUGAGUGCGGUGCUUCAUGCUUAGCCGGGAAGGGGGGAUGGGUGUCCAUAUCAUCAGUGGAAUGUGCCUCUAUCCCAACAAGCAUCGUGGCAGCACUGCCUACAGGCAACGGGGGGACCAUUUAUCGUCGGUAUGUCUCUGCUGCCACGGGCACAGGAGUCAAAGCAUCCAAUCAAACCUAUACCUUUGUCAAGCGAGCCCUGAAGGAUCUAUCUGACGUGGACCCGAACCAGUAUCUGUCAAAGAUCAACCACGAUAUAACUCAGAAAAACCAGUGGGCUAGCCAAAGCGAGCCCGUGACGGGCAAAUGGUAUCGCUGGCCAAAUCUGCAGUCGGCGCUCGGCGUGAAGGGCCUCCACGGAUGCACUCAAACAUUUACCGCACUGAGUACCGGGCGUACCGGGCCUGCCGGUCAGGUUAACAAUCAGAUCGAGCCCCUGCAGGAUCUGUGGGGAACGGACGCGAACCCCGGUCCUCUGCAUCGCACCAACAAUCCCCAGCUCAUCAUUGUCACUCCCUUCUUGCCUGAAUGGCAACCCCAGGAAUAUAUGUACGCCCGCCGAGUCAAGUGGCUCGCCGCCCAGUUCAACCGCUUCCUCUACUUCCCCACCGGUGAAGCGCCCGCAGACAAAGCCCCGAUCAUCCGCGGAUACGAGCCGACAGACUUCUGGAAGUCCAAUAAUGACGAUUCCUCCGUGGGGAAAGUCGUGAUCGAAGUCGACAAGUACAACAGUUUCCUGCAGGCGGGUAAUCACCUUCUCGCUGUGGGUCAGUGGCGGCUGUGGCUGUGUGGGCAAUAUGUCAUGGAUUACGACUUCUGGGAUCCGGCGGCGGUUCUUCAGCCCGUUGCUCAGCCGCAGGGACAUAUGCAGCGGCGAGAUCGGUGCCCAGGGCGUUUUAUUUCUGUUUAUCCUACGCUGGUGACUUCGACAAAGAGUGUCGCAGCAAGCACGACAAGCUCGUCUACUACAAAGUCGGCAACAACCACGCCGACACCGCAGAUAAGCGAUCAGACUUGCCUCCCCAACAGAGACUUCUACCAACCACUCGACUCCCACGUCGUCGACACUGUCGUCUCUCUCUGCUGGCGCGGCACCCAGAUCCCCUCCAUCGAUUUCGAGAUGGGACCCGACAGCAAACCACUCACAUGGUCCUCGGGCAGCCCCACGCUGACGAACUGGCAGUACCGCGUCACGAUCACCUGGGUGAAGGGGUGCAAGGGACCAAAGCAGAAGCCAAUUGCCCCGACCGGACAAGAAGGAACCAAGUACACCUGCGAGAAUAUUGUCAAAGAUAACUUCAGCAAGUGCGUGGUUGAUCAUCGAAGCUACGGUGGGAGUAGAGUGUUUGGGUGCUUGGAGUAUCGGGGUUGGAUGGAGUAUUGA